UGUUUUUGUAAAUAAGAAUCAUAAGAAUUAAGUUAGUUAGCAAAAGUUAAAGUUUAUUAUAAAGCCAUGUAUGAACCGGGUAUAAUAAAAAAAUUGGAUGAAGAAGUGGUAAAUCGCAUUGCAGCUGGCGAAAUUGUACAAAGACCAGCUAAUGCAUUAAAGGAAUUAAUAGAAAACAGUUUGGAUGCUCGCUCUACAAAUAUAAUCAUCACUGUGAAAGCUGGUGGUUUAAAAUAUCUACAGAUCCAAGACAAUGGAACAGGCAUCAGGCACGACAACUUGGAUAUAGUAUGCGAGAGGUUCACCACAUCCAAGUUGUCUCAGUAUGAAGACCUGCAGGCCAUCAGCACGUACGGCUUCCGGGGCGAAGCCCUAGCGAGUAUCAGCCAUAUUGCUCAUCUGACCAUUCUAACUAAGACUGCUAGCGAUAAGUGCGCUUAUAAGGCCUCCUACGAAAAUGGCAAGCUAAAAGGGCCUAUAAAGCCCUGCGCAGGCAACAAUGGUACACAAAUAACCGUAGAAGACCUGUUCUACAACGUGUUAGCCCGCAAGCGAGCCCUGCGGAGCCCUAACGAGGAGUAUACGCAUAUAAUGGAGGUGGUUGGGGGAUAUGCUAUACACAACAGUCAUGUCGGAUUUACUCUGAAGAAGUUUGGUGAAAACACUGAUAUUAAAACGCCUAUCAAAUCAUCGGUUAUUGAUAAUGUUAGAAUUAUCCAUGGUAACUCCAUUGCUCGUGAACUGCUCGAGAUGGAGGUGAAGGAUCCGACACUGAAGAUGUCAGUUCACGGCUACAUCACCAAUGUGAACUACUCUCACAAGAAAGGCGCCAUGUUGCUGUUCAUCAACCAUCGAUUGGUCGACUCCCCAACAAUUCGCAAAGCAGUGGACUCCGUUUAUGCGACGUAUUUGCCGAAAAACGCACAUUCCUAUGUGUAUCUGAGCUUAGAAUUAGACCCUAAAAAUGUGGACGUGAACGUGCAUCCAACGAAACAUGAAGUACAAUUUCUGUAUGAAGAACAAAUCAUAGACAGAAUCAAAACCGCCAUAGAGACCAAACUGCUUAGCUGUAACUCGUCUAGGGUUAUGUACACUCAGGCCAGACUACCAGGCGCAACAAUGGUCGAUGAAAUAGUUAGAAAAACAACCGACGGUGCCAAAGUAUACGCCAAAGACUUAGUCCGAGUCGACUCAGACACACAGAAGAUCGAUAAGUUCUUCCGAGUCGCCAACAAACAGACGGACAGACCACAGACAAACAAAACAGAUCUAACCAAAGACUACAUAGCUGUCAUAGAUGAUGCAAGUGAUAGAAACGAACUAGACAGGAGAAAAGAAACAAAUAGAACAACAAAUACAGAAGCAAAUGUUCCUAUGGACGUCGAUAUAUUUGAAGAAAAUAAUGAACCAACUAAUAAAGAAAUUACAACACCACGUUUCGUAUUCGAAGACGAAGACCACUUGAACGAUAUAGAAAAUUCAGUCAAAGAACCAAAUAAAACUAAUAAUAUUAAUACAGAACCAAAUAAUAAAAAUCCAAUAGAUUUAAUCGAUUUAGAAAGCCCAUCAAAAGAACCAAACAAUAAAAAUCCAAAAGAUAUGGACUACUUGGAUAGUUCUUUAGUAUCAGAACCGAAUAAAAAUAACUACCCAAAACAUAACUGGAAAUCUGUAGCAGUAGAAAAUGAAAAUAUUUCCUAUAUAGAUCCGAAAGAGUCGUUCAAAACUAGAACUUUUAAGUAUGAAAGAGUAGAAACUAAGUUAACCAGUGUAAAACAGUUGAGAUAUCGUGUGGAGAAUACGUGCAGUAUGAAUUUGAGGGAGAUAUUGGCUAACCUGAUUUUCAUAGCGUGCAUAGAUUGUAAUAGGUCAUUAAUACAGCAUUCCACUAAGCUUUAUCUAUGUGAAACUUCUCGAUUGACCGAAGAGUUAUUUUACGAAACAAUACUAUACGAUUUCCAAAAUCUCGGUCUGAUAAAGCUAUCGAACCCGCUACCCUUGGAAGAGCUAUUUGUGCUAGGCCUCAGGGCACAGGAGGAUGAAUGGAACCCAGAAUUAGGCGACAUGCGCGAGUUAUCUCAACAGAUGGUCGAGCUGCUGGUGUCAAAGCGGGCGAUGUUACUGGAAUACUUCUCCUUAGAGGUUACCUCACAGGGGGAGUUAGCCGCCUUGCCAUUAUUAGUAGAUGGUCACACUCCAUUCAUGGGCGCCUUACCAACAUACCUAGUCCGUCUAGUCACUGAAGUCAACUGGGAUUCAGAGAAGGAAUGCUUCGACACGUUCAGUCGGCAAACAGCCAUAUUUUACUCUCAACCCAACCCAGAUACAUUAGAGGAUAUAGUGAAAUCGGAGAUGUGGAAACAGGAACAUAUAAUUUUUCCCGCGAUCAGAAGGAAUUUCCUACCGCCUACUAGUUUUGUUAGCAAUGGGGCGAUUUUGCAGAUCGCUAGUCUCGCUGAUUUGUACAAAGUGUUUGAAAGAUGUUAGAUAUUGGUAUCGAUUCGGGUAGUAACUAAAUUUUAGAGUAUUUGCAUCUUUUUCUUACCAAUAUAAUAAGAAAAGGACGGACAAUUUAGUUUAAAACUGUCAAACCUCGUGAUUGUAGGCCGCCAGUCUUAUGCAGUGUUUAAAAAUCGAGUGGCAUUUCAGUCGUUAUUUUAAAAUUUCAUUUUCCGUCCUUUUUUAGCAGUAUUAAAGAGAGAAAGAUGCAGAUACUCUAAAUUUAGUUUAGAGAAAGACGGCAAUCUACGCCGUAAUGUAUGCAAAAUUCAAUGGAAAAUGAUCUUUGAAAGUGUAAUUUUAAGCGGAAUAAAAUUUUGUUUGUA